AUGCAAUCAGGAUUCCUGAUCUACAGACAGGAGGAGGAGCUGAGAGGACACGUGGUCGGCUUACACCCCAUGUGUUCUCUCAGCUCCGCCCUCCCGCUCCGUCUCCUGGGAGGAAACGUGUCUUAUGAAAACAUUACACCAGUGGAUGUGACGCGUUGUUAUUGGUGGGCGGGGCGGAGAAUAGCCAAUACGGUCAGGUUUGGGUGGCCGCGCAUCGCUGAUUGGUGCAGACGCGGCCAGGCUGGAAACAAGGGACGUAAUCCUGACGCUGCCAGCUGGCCGAGUCUCCAGGAUGUGGUGCUGAGAGCUGCUGGCAUGUGGCGGCUGUGUGCGCUGGGCGCUCUGCUCGUAGCCCCGGUCCCCGUACGAAGCUCCGUGUGUGACGAUGGCCAGUCUAAUAUUCACCUGGACCUGCCUGAUGAAAGCGUCUAUUUGUGUCCUGGGGACUAUAUUCCACCUUCCAGUCAGGUAUAUCCGAGUAUAGCUACCAAGUAUAAAGAGGAGGAAACGUAUCAUGCCUGCAUGGAUGUGCUGAUUAGUCACACAGCACCUAUACCAAAUAGUGGAGCACAUCGACCAAUAGGGGCAAAGUAUGGCGAAUACAUCUACUGCCCGCCUCAUCGAUGGGUACACAACCUGCAGCAUGCAGGUGUUGCCUUCCUCUACCAUCCUUGUUUGGACCCUCGGCUGAAGGAAGACUUAUCCUUUGUGGCAAGAAGCUGUGUUACCAGUUAUAUAAUCACACCCCUUCCGGGUCUGUCCAGGGAAAGGCCCAUGGCCCUGGUCACUUGGUGCUCAACUCUGGAGAUGUCUCGCAUAAAUGUGACUGAGAUAAAGUAUUGGCUGAAAGAAAACAUUCGCCAUGAACAUCCGAAUGAGACCGUACAAGACGGAGCCUACCAACAUUUACUGAUCAGGCCGUCCUUAAUAUCAUCAAACACUGCAGAGCUCUGUCACGGAAGGGUUCUUCAGAUGCUGAAUCAUUUUCUGAACUAUGGAGGAAGGUCAAGUGGCCGUCUGUUGAGGAAAAGGAGAAGAGCUGUUUUGUUACCCACCCCUGUGGUCCAGGAUAUGGUAUCUUCACAUGCAUCUGGCAGCAUUUCCUCCAGUGCGCUGGCUGGGCAACACAAAGACAAAACCACAAAAAAGCACAGUACAGUUACUCUGCCUACAGGAAUCGGUAGUUUGUCUUCUCCCACAGAGUCCUUCUCUUCUACCUCCCCUGUCCGCUUAACGCAGGAAUCGCACACUCAAGGUAUGAAAGCUGAGACAGAGGAGAAUGACAAGGGCAACACCAGAGCUGCCACAGAGCUACCAGUACAGAAGAUCAUGCCCACACUAAGAAACCAGUCUCUUGUCUUACCAGAAGGUAAUGACACGCAACCCAUGGCAAUGACACACAAUGUAUCUCAGGAGGCCAGGGAGGAACAGCCCUCACAGGCUUGGGUCACACAACAAAACCACCUUGCUGAUACCCCACUGAAAGAAACAUCUGUGAAUGCUGCACCAAGACCUGACACCACUCUGCAGUCACAGCAUCAUCUUCCUGACCCAAUGCUUUCACCCACUGCUACUGAGAAGAAACAGUCAGGUGAACAGAAGCAGGAAUGCAACUGUCGGCAUGAUACGGCACCAGAGACGUUGUCCAAGGCUCAGAGAAGGUUGGGUGGCAGCCAGAAGAAGUCCAGUGAAGGGUUUGUGUCUACCCCUCGGACGGAGGAGGCCACCUGGGCAGCGGCAUCUCUUAUAUUUCUCUUUUCUCUACUCACAUUUUCUGUCUUGUACACGCAAAUAUAUAAGAGGGUCCGCAAGAGCCAGAGCCUGUACUGGUCAUCAGAAAACCACUCUGAAGAGAAAGAAACUGUUGCAUCUAUUAUCAAGAGGAGACUUGUUCAGGGUCACACGAGGCGCAAGCAAUGGUUUGGAAAGAAGAAGAGCCCCACAGUGCUGUAUGAAAGUCUGAGUGAGAGUUCUGAAUAGAACGUGAUCUAGAUUAGAAAUACAUUAUGAACAGUCAUGUCACCCCAAACCUCACAUGGGCCAAACACUGACCCUUGGGGGGCCCAUUCAUAGUGAAGAGUGAAUCACUCUCUGCUGCAUGCUGCAAUGUUUACUGCACAUUUCAUUUUAUAGAUCGUUUAUAAAAUGAGGACGUGGUGUGAUGCCUGU